AUGGAGGAAAAUUUAAGACGCUUGUCAAACUGCUUGAGCCAGGCAAGCCAAGUAGUCCAGGAACUUGCUGCAAAUAGCGGUAGAAAUGUUGUCGCUGAUGCUACUGUUGGCGAGACGUCCACAAGCACAAAUAGGGAGCUUACGAAUCGACUACUUUCGCACGACGACGCCGUUGGAUUGCGUGACAUACCUACUGCGCAUGCCUGUCUUGGCACUUGCCGGCGUCGAGCAAAAGUCAACGACGUUGGUAAGAGCGAUUUUCCGGCGUCUUAAAGAAAGCAGGACGUGAGGUUAGUUUUCAAAGUUUUCUAUCGAUAAUUCACGUGUUUUUGCCAGAAAAAUCAAAGUAUUAUAUUAGUAACAUGUUCUUUACCAAUGUCUUUGACUUUUUUUGUCUGUUUUCAUUCAAUUCUACCUUCUACAGCCAUGGCAACUCAUGAAGGCGCUGGCGAAGGCACGAAAAGGUAUGAAUGAAAAGUUGAUUGCUAUACACAUGGACAUCUUUCUUUUUAAUCACACUGCACUGAAGUAUAAGACAUUUUCUGGUGCUCAUUAAAUUUGAAAGGACCGAAAAGUCGCGUAUCUUUUUUUUUUUGAGUUGUCACAUCAACAGUAAGAAACAGAGCCGAGUUGGCUAUAGCAAGUAAGUUUACAUACUUCGCUGAACCAAAAAAAAAAUUUCUUACCCCGCCAGCUUUCAAAACAAUUUUAAAGUCAAUGAAAAGUUUAUUUUUUACUCCUUUUCUCUUGUUAAGAGGGAUAUUAUAGCUAGCUUGGUGUUGUAGAAACACGCAAACUUUCCUUGACUUACAGCUAUGCUUGCUUUUCUGCUCGCUGUGCGAACAGAUUUUGUUGUUUUUCAUUUUCCAUUGUAUUAUUUUCUUAAGCUUGUGAGACAAUCAACCAGCGAGUGUGAUCUCAUAGAUAAAUAGCUAGCGGAGAAACGUUACCUUAACAGUUAGCUUAGUAAGUUAGUGAUUUAACUGUUCAGUAAAUUAUAUUUAUAUAUUUUUAUAAUUUUUUUCACAGAAUGCCGAAAAUGAAGUGGUCAGUUAAACAUGACACCAUAUUUGGUCGCGAACUCCUUAGUUGGGAACUAUGGAAGUACCGUUCAGGCACCAGAGAGCGGGGAAACUGUUUAGACGAAAUAUGCAAAAUUCUGAAUAACAUCAAAGAGCCCCAAUUUUGCGUUUCGCAAAAGGGUUUGAGGGACCGCUUGAAAAUCCUGGAAAGGGAUUCCAAGGCCAGGAAGAGAGAGGCCGAGAGGGGCUCGGGAAUUUCCCCCGAAUACCGAGAAAUAGAUCAAAUAAUGGAAGACUAUAUGGAGAGAAGAGAGGAGGAAGAGAAGACCAAGGAAUCCCGCACUGAUGUGGAUCGAAACAAGGCAGAUCAAGAUAAAGCAGCAGGCGAGGAGAUGAGGGAGAGAGCGAUGGAGAGGCUAGCUCAGACUAAGAAGAGAAAUGGCAAAGAUGAACCACGAAAAAAGCGCCAAAAAAGUGGUGACACCCUUGACUAUCUAAGGGAGGCAGCGGAGAGGGACUCUCAGUUAAGGCGAGAUGAGCUGGACAUGAAGAGGAGGCAAGACGAAGCUACAGCUGCUACCCAGCAAGCAUUGUUCACUCAGCUGCGGGACCAGCAACAGUUACAGGUGCAGCAACAGCAACAGCAGCAACAGCAGUUUAUGCAUAUGAUGCAAAUGAUGCUUAACAGCCAGCAAGCGCAAACACAAGCAGUCAUUGAACUCUUAAAAAAGGGACCGUAGUUAUGAUCGGAGUAGUUAUAGUUCAGUUUUCUUGUAAACACGCAACUUAUUUUUUCGUUGUUGUUUUUGGUUUUGUAAUAUAAUACCAUGAACAAGCAACCUUAGCCUUCGAUGUUGAUUUUCAUCACUUUAUUGUACGUACAUGUUCUGGCACGCGUGUUAACACUACUAUUGGCUUAACAUGUGUUCUUUUUUGAACUUGAGUUCUAUUGCAUUUCAAAUUAAACCUUCAAGCGACUAGAGUGUUUAUGUUGUAUAACUGGAGUAUCGCAAGUGUAUCUUGAGCACAUUAUAUCAAAUGAAGUAUUCCUCUAGAGUUGGCGGAUUAACACCAAAAUACUCGGACGUAACAGAACCGUAUAAAAUGCUUCGUGCAUUCUGCAUUAACGCACAUGUUACAUACAUCUUUCCUACAGCACUCAAUCCGAUUUUCAGAUUCUUUUUAAAAUCUAAGAACUUAAAAUAAUUGACAAUAUCCCCGAAUAUCCACUCGACGGAAGAGCGAACUGUGCUCAUUGAGGUGUUAAAAUCUUGUUGAGCUGGGGUCAGGACUGCGCCUUUAUAGGGCCUUUGUAGGUGUGCACGUAUCGGAUAGGCGGGGUCACCGUACACGCAGAGGGGAAGGCCAGUUACGGGGCAGUUGGAAAACCUUUGCAGUUCCUGCAAGAAUCCGGAGGCAGCUAGCAUGAAACUGUCAUGGCGUCUUCCCUCAACUGGGCCAAAUAGAUUCCCCACUAAUCCAUUAGGCAAAGCGACAGCCUGAAACUUAAUGGAGUGGACACGUUUAUGGCCAUUGUAGAUGGAUCGCUGGUUUUCGUUAGGCCUACAAACUGGACGUACAGUUCCAUCUAUGAAUCCCCAGCAGUUAUCUAGGGCAGCUCCUGCCUGUUGGAUAGCAUCAGCAUACUGGCGAAGCUUGGAAGGGGUUAACAAAUGAUGAUUAUACCUUGUAAGCAGAUGAUGCCAGCGCUCAUAAAUCAAGUCCAUUAUGUGGUUAUUUAUGAUAGAAAUCUCAAGAACCGGUCUGGCAAAAUGGUAAACCAAAUCUCCGUAUCGGCAAGGGUAGGCAUAGCGCUUGAGAUACAUGCAUAAUGCAGGUACCGAAGGUACUACUAAACCAUUUUAAGUGGUUAUCUCGUCAGGUAACUGCAGCUGUUCCGCAAGUUUAUAAAUGUCAUCUCUGUAGAAACGAAACUCAACCUUGCAUUCGUCGUUUGUUUUCUCGUCCAAAUCCAACCUUUCGUAGUUCCAAUACGGAAACUCUGGGUUUUUUUACUUAUGAGCAUCGUAUAAAAGUACAAAUUCUUGUUCUUUUAAAAAGUUGUUUCGAUAAGCGUAAGCAAUACAAGCUCUUGUUUCUCUGAAGUUAGGUAUUUUGGUUUGAACAACCCGGCUUAUGAUCAUGAAGUGAUAAAAAACAAACUUCAGAAACGGCGGGAAAAUUUGCAGCAAGCGCACCAACGUCGUCGUCUUUACUUAAAAUCGUAAAUUCAAAUUUCUAGAUGACGGCGACGCAGGACUAUGACGUGGCCCAACGGCGUCGUCGUGCGAAAGUCGUCAGUUCGUAAGCUCCCUAAUACAAGCAUCACAACGGUGGGACAAGCCGUGAGUAGAGCCCGUGCAAUCAUGCACCAGUCGACAACCAGAGGACUCUAUUCUCGUUUGAACAGUAGAGAACGACUUCGAGCCUCGUCGUCCAGUAACUCUGCUCCUGUAAAGUCGAAGAGAGCGAAAGUUGAAAGUAAUAAGGUAUUUGAAUUUGUGUUGUUGAGGCUGGAUGAUGAAGAUGACGAAGAGCUGAACUCAGAUAGUGUUCACUCUGAUAGUUGGAUGUUGACAGAUGAAAGUACUGUGUUAAGAGGAUUUGUGACGCUUAGUUCGGAAGACAAUGAAGAAGCCAUUAGAAAGGCAUUGUCUGAUGCUAUACAGAUGAAAUAUCCAGCCGUAGCAAGUAAUGACCUCGUGUUCCUAAAAGCAAACAGGAGAAGAAUAACACAACCAGUGAAUUGCCACGAGUACUCGUUCAAACAGGUAAAAUCACUGGCCGGUCAAGGGGCUAUUUACCUCAGACUGAAACAUGGCUUUGGCUUUCUUCUAGACAAUCAAGGCUCAGAUAAUAGUAGCUUAAAAGAUAAUGACGUCAGUAACCACACAGAGAGAAGCAUGCCCAUAUCCACUUUGCAACCACCACAACGCCCACAAGAAGGCAGCAACCACACUCAGAGUAGCCCGUUAUCCAUCCCACAGGGUUCACAGGUGAGUAGCAACCACACACAAUGUAGACCUGUAUCCACCCUGCAACCAACGGAGGGACCACAGGCAGAUCUUAGUGAUCAGUCAUUUCUGAUCACUGGACAGAGCAAUGAAAACCUGAAUGCAAUCCCUGUUGUUAGCUUUGCCAAUCUGGAAGCAGCUGUUGGAGAGUGCAUUAGCAUCUGUAAGAAAGACAAUGUUUGUAAUCCUGUGGAGAUACUAAGGUGUGCCCAAAAGCUUAUUGUGCAGGGUCGUCCCUUGGAUGUAAACUCACCUGACCAGCCACUCGAUGGUGAAACUAACUUUGUCAGUAUAGACCGAUUUAAUAUUUUGGAAUCAGCUAUGGAAGAAUUCAAAGAUUUUCAAAACCCAAGACUCACAUUGGAAGUGUCAUUCUAUGGAGAACAGGCCCAUGAUGCUGGGGGUCCAAGGAAAGAAUUUUUUCGGCUUUGUCUUAAAGAAAUACAGCAAAAGCUCUUUGAAAAUGGACUGCGCGAACUCAUGGCUGAGGAAUAUGAGUUUGCUGGAACUAUUAUGGCCUUGAGUAUUCUUCAGAAUGGACCCACCCCACGGUUUAUUCCUGAAGAAAUUUUGCAGGAGAUUUUUUCAAAGGAUCCUGCAAGGCCAUGCAUUGCAGAGCUUCCGAAAGGAUUCAUGAAACUUGGUCUAUAUGAAGUUGCAAUGAGUCUACCAGUCUUUCUUUAUCUGCUGCGCGCAAAUGAAUCAAAUCAACUCUCCAGACGACAGCUCAUCCUACUCCUCCGGCCAUCAUUCUCCGAGGAAGGCACAAAUGUACGCAAGUAUGAAAAUGAUGCCUACGCUGCAUUCUCAAAGUAUGUGCGAGAAGCUGCAAGUGGAAGAAGGGGUAGAAUCACUCUUGGGAGCAUUCUACAAUUUGCAACUGGGAUGGAUGAAGAACCGCCCCUUGGCUUUGAACUACAACCUAGUAUUCAAUUUGUUGCUGCUAAUGAAGGGAUCAAGUAG